AUGGUCCUGAGGCCACGAGAAGAUGAUUUUGGCAGAGAGGUUCUGCCCCUAGGCGCGUCGCCGUCUGGGAAACCCGCCCAUAUUGGCCAGGACUGGCAACUGAAUAAGCAGUCUAGAGAUCGUGGUCUCGACCUGAACCUAGCGCUCGCGCUAUUCCCCAUGCAGCCGACAGUUGUGGAACGACUGGCGCGAUGGUGCGAAGGGUUGGACAGCGAUGGCAGAGGAGGAUGCGGGUACGGGUUGCUCCUGGCGCCUCGUGGUUCCAGCUAA